AUGACUAAACUAUCAAAGUGGCUCAAAGGAAAUCUCAAGGAUAACGUUAAGGAAACAUUUGAAGCGACUAUCGAACAUCUGCUUAAGUUAAAACCUCCCAUAAAAAAAGGCAAUAAAAGACAGGCCUUGAUGUCUUCAUUACAAGCUUUGAUGAAAAAUGACGAAUCCGUACGUGAAGAAUACGAAUCUCUAAAUGCGUGGGUUAACGUUAAUAAUUCUGAGAAAGAGAAGGAGAAAAAUUUAAAGAUUGUUGAUAAAGAACACCAAGCUAUGUUCAAAAAAGCUCGUGUUGUUCAGUACAAUAUCUCUUAUGGAGCAGGUUCCACACAAAUGCAAAAUUCAAACAAUAUCACGAGUGAACAUGAAGUUUCUACAGACAUUAAAGAAGCUCAGGAAAUAAAUCCACUAAAUGGACAGAAAGUAAAAGAAGAGAAGGAGGACAACUUAUUAUCACGAAUUCCGCAUAAGUUUUCAUUCUCGGCAUCCAAACAAGGUUCUUAUGUGGAACCAAUUUUAGAGCAUGUUGAGAAAGCGCUUUUCAGAUUUGUUGUAAAGAAUCGGGACUACAUUCCUUCUGACACAGUAAAAGAAUUUGCACUUAAAUGCAACCCCCCUGCAAAAUAUUGA